AUGGGUAACGAUAACAGUAAGAAGCUGCAGAUGCAGGAAGAAGAAAAAAAUCCCAAACAGCCGGUUAAUUUCCUGCCUCAGGGUAAAUGGUUGAAGCCAAAUGAAAUCGAAUAUGAGUUCGGUGGGACUGCUGGUGUUAUUGGUAUGCUAAUCGGGUUCCCACUGCUAAUGUACUACAUGUGGAUUUGUGCGGAAUUCUAUCACGGCAAGGUUGCCCUACCCAAGGCAGGUGAAUCCUGGAUGCACUUCAUCAAGCAUUUAUAUCAACUGGUCCUGGAGAACGGUAUCCCAGAAAAAUAUGACUGGACUGUUUUCUUGACAUUUUGGGUGUUCCAAAUCAUUUUCUACUAUACGUUGCCUGGUAUCUGGACGAAAGGUCAACCUUUGUCUCAUUUAAAGGGGAAACAAUUGCCUUACUAUUGUAAUGCUAUGUGGACGUUGUAUGUGACUACUACUUUGGUCUUAGUUUUGCAUUUUACCAAUCUUUUUAGACUGUAUGUCAUUAUUGAACGUUUCGGGAAGAUUAUGACAUGUGCCAUCAUUUCAGGUUUCGCUUUCUCCACUAUACUAUACUUAUGGACUUUAUUUAUCUCACAUGACUAUCAUAGAAUGACAGGAAACCAUCUUUAUGACUUCUUUAUGGGGGCACCUCUAAACCCUCGUUGGGGAAUCUUGGACUUGAAGAUGUUUUUCGAGGUCAGAUUGCCUUGGUUCACUCUUUAUUUUAUCACUUUGGGCGCCUGUUUGAAGCAGUGGGAGACCUACGGCUAUGUGACUCCACAAUUGGGCGUUGUCAUGUUGGCCCAUUGGUUGUACGCUAACGCAUGUGCCAAAGGUGAAGAGUUGAUUGUUCCAACCUGGGACAUGGCUUAUGAGAAGUUUGGAUUUAUGUUGAUCUUUUGGAAUAUUGCUGGUGUACCAUACACUUACUGUCAUUGUACUUUGUAUCUGUACUACCACGACCCAUCUGAAUAUCAAUGGUCUACAUUGUACAAUGUUUCAUUGUACGUCAUCCUAUUGUGUGCUUACUACUUCUUUGACACGGCAAAUGCCCAGAAAAAUGCCUUCAGAAAGCAAAUGUCUGGUGAUAAGACUGUCAGAAAGACCUUCCCAUUUUUGCCAUACCAAAUUUUGAAGAAUCCAAAGUAUAUGGUCACUUCCAAUGGAUCAUAUCUAUUGAUUGACGGUUGGUACACAUGGGCAAGAAAAAUUCACUACACAGCUGAUUGGACUCAAUCUCUAAUUUGGGCCUUAUCUUGCGGUUUCAAUUCAGUGUUCCCAUGGUUUUUCCCAGCAUUCUUCCUUGUUGUCCUGGUUCACAGAGCCUUCAGAGAUCAAGCCAAAUGUAAGAGAAAGUACGGAAAGGAUUGGGAUGAGUAUUGUAAGCAUUGCCCUUAUGUCUUUAUUCCUUACGUUUUUUAG